UUGGCUGUGUACUGUAGCGCUGACGCUUGAGCCGAUGGACUAAGCCGAUGGACUGAGCGGAUGCGCAAGUCGGGCAAGUCGGGCCGUUUGCUGCUGCGACAGGUGGUCUUGAACCAUGGCCACUCGGUGCCUGGCUUUCCGCUGGGCUCCAUGCGCCGCUGGCUGGAGCUCCUGCCCUCCAGCGAGCUCUCGAGGGACAUGGACCGCUGCACUGUGGUGCUGCCGCGGCCGGGCGAUGGCUGGUAUGCGCCACCCUCCUCUGGGACGUCGGCAGGCUUCCCCUGGGGUGAGCUCACACAGCAAGGUGCUGAUGAGAUGAUGCGUCAGGGCCAGCGCUGCGCCAGGGAUUGGUCGGUGGAUUUGUCGAAGGUGCUGCUGCGGGCAGCCAACCGAGCCAGCUGUAUAUCUUCUGCACAGGCCUUUGCACUUGGUGGACGGCCAAAGCAGGAACCCGUCGAACCACUUCGUCAGGAACCCGUUGAGGUGCUUCUGCAGCGCGGGGAAGCCUUGCUCCCCCAGCAGUCGCCAGAGACGGCGGAGGUGCGAUCUCCAGAGUUGGCUCAGGAGAUUCGGCAGAACCUGGGGCUUGAAGGCGAAGAGGAGCAGUCUGAGCUUGCACGCCGCUUGUCCGAUGAAGAGAACUUGCUCGAAGCUGUGAUGAGCUUGGGCUUGCGAGGCGAAGGGGUGGUCGCCCUGCAGGACUCCGUUGCAAGGCGCUGGCAGCGGCUCGUGCGCGGCGGUCCAGGUCGGGUGAUCGGGCCCUUGGUGGGUGAAGUGCUGGGUGCCUGUGAUGCGCGGCUGGAGGGCGAAGAGCCAGGUCUGGUGAUCUAUGUGGUGGAGGCAGCCUCCUUGGUCUGCCUCCAGGCGGCGCUCGAGGCCACCGCGCCAGUCGCUCCGUGGCCAAGCUGGGGGGCUUCGUUGCAGCUGGAGCUGUGGGAGGUGGAAGGGCAGCUCUCCCUGUCCCUCCGACCGCGAGAGGAGCUCGACUGGACAUGCUCCACUGCGCGGGCGCAGAUCCCGCCCUCCGCGCCGCUUCCAUACCUGCCAUUCCGCCAGCGCUGGCACAUGGAGAUGGCAAACGGAUGAAAAUGUGGUGCUGUGAAGAGGGAGAGUUUAGGACAGCAGCCGUUGUCAUCCGCUUGGCUUUGAGAUGCUUUGAGUUGGGCAAGUUUGGCAAGUUUGGGUUGGUCACUGGGUGUGCCACCGGAAGACCUCAGGUUGUUGUAAAAGGGCGAUUCGCGGAAGACUGGCUUCCGCAUCCAAAGUCCGUUUGAGCUCCGUUUCCUCCGUCAUCAAUGCAUCGGCCAUGUUAGACAGACACGUUUCGUCCGCCUGGCGCAGAAAUGCGCCCUUCAGCUCCUUCUUGGUGCAGACAGAUGCUACGAAACAGCUGGAAGAAAGAACGUGUGCCUGCCAUGUUGCCUGCAAAUUCUGGAUGGUUUUCUUCUGGAGGGUUCUUGAGAUGUUGAUAUUUGUGAUAUCAGUGGGGUUUCCAAGCGUAUGUGCAAGUGGAUUUGACCUGCAUUCGCUCCCAUCUGGAUCAGAUAAACUCUU